AUGGCGGGCCCCAAGCAACCCACCCUCCCCGGCGCCAGUCUCGGUCGAGCCCUCCAUCUGACCGGCACCAUUCUCAUGCUCAACCUGCUCCUGUUUGUGGCUUUCCUCCGUAACAUCGAUCCCUCUACCGAGCUCUUCCGCCGCAACGGACUCUGCCAGUCCAUCCGCCGCAAGGAGCGGCGCAUCAUUUAUCUCAGCUCGCUCAUUCUGGGUCUCGAGCCCGCCGUGCCCAACGACCUCGAAGCACACUCGCAACAUGCCACCGUCGACGCGCAAGCGAUGAAUACUCUUAUCUCGACGUCACCCUCUUCCCCCGAACGAGUCAGCGAGUCCUCCCUUCCACCCAAAAGACCGGCGCCUGUUGCGAGCGUCCUGUCGGUCCGGCCGUCGAACCGUACGUUGAAACUCGACAGACAGAGCAACAGCGCCCUGACCAGCCAUUCUGGCGUCGUGAAGAUCCUAGAUCCAGCUGCCAGCGCGCAUCAGCAGCAGGAGCAGCAAGACCUUAUCUACCCCCAACGGGUCAGCGACUCGAUUUACUCGGCCACCAUCAGGAGGAGUCUGUCAUUGGGGUCAGAGCGUCAUCAGAGUAUCGUACUGCCUCAUAUUCGCUAUUCUGGGUUUAUGACUGAGCGGUUGCGCUUUAGUGUGUUGAGCCAGCCCUGGUCGGUGGUCUCGGUGGUGGCGGCGGAUAACGAAGUGGCGGCGGCGCCAUUGCGCGCAGAACCUGUCGUGGUCGAGGAGCUGGCGAACCGGUUGCAGCCGGGUUGUUCCGUGGAUAGUUAUCCAGGGCAGUUUCCGAUCAGUGAUGGGAUGGAGUUGAGCUGGUUGGCAGCAGCGUCGCAGCGACUGGGCGCUGAACCGGCGGCGGAUGAAGAGAACUGUCCUAGUACUGUUUCUGUCCUGUCGACCUCUGCGAGGCCGUAUACCGAGGUUUGA